AUGCCUGAACCAGUUACUUUGUGCAGCAUUAAGAAAAUUGGAGAAGACAACUAUGCUUUUGAGUCAGAUGGAUCACGUAAUGGCAUCAGCAAGCCAGAGUAUUUCUAUAAUGAAAAGGAGAGUGCUUCAGUGGAUAAUGCAAAGGAUGACAAGGCAUCAGACAAGAAAAAGGAUGCUAUUCGAAUUGGCUUCUUCCAGCUGUUUAAAUUUGCUUCGCUAUCCGAGAUGAUGAUGAUGGCUUUGGGUAGCAUCUGUGCUAUUCUUCACGGAGCAGCCCAGCCAGGCAUGCUGCUUGUCUUUGGGGCCAUGACGGACACAUUUAUACAAUACGACAUCGAGAAGCAAGAGCUGGGAGACCCAAACAAAACAUGCGUGAAUAACACUGUAGUGUGGAUCAAUGGUUCCUAUCUGCAAAAUGAAAGCGACACAUCGAUAAGCUGUGGAUUGCUGGAUAUUGAAAAGGAAAUGACUUUGUUUGCCAGUUACUAUGCAGGAAUCGGCUGUGCAGUUCUUUUUCUUGGAUAUCUCCAAAUUUGCUUAUGGGUAACAGCGGCUGCUCGACAGAUACAGAAAAUCAGAAAAGCCUAUUUCAGGAAAGUAAUGAGGAUGGAUAUAGGCUGGUUUGAUUGUACAUCAGUGGGGGAACUCAAUACACGAAUUUCUGAUGACGUUAAUAAAAUAAACGAUGCUGUUGCUGACCAAGUAGCGAUCUUUAUCCAGCGCUUCACCACCUUUGUUUGUGGAUUCCUGUUAGGAUUUGUCAGUGGCUGGAAGCUGACCUUGGUCAUUAUUGCCGUCAGUCCACUAAUUGGGGUUGGAGCUGGAAUAAUUGGUCUGGCUGUGGCAAAGCUGACGGGUCGAGAAUUAGAAGCUUACGCCAAAGCUGGUGCCAUUGCUGACGAAGUCCUCUCGUCCAUCCGAACCGUGGCUGCUUUUGGAGGGGAAAGAAAAGAAGCGGAAAGAUAUGACAAAAACCUCAUUUUUGCCCAAAACUGGGGGAUCAGAAAAGGAAUAAUCAUGGGAUUUUUCACUGGUUACGUUUGGUUUAUUAUUUUCAUGUGUUAUGCACUAGCCUUUUGGUAUGGCUCAAAACUUGUCCUUGAGCAAGAGGAGUACUCUCCUGGCACGCUUUUACAGGUUUUCUUUGGUGUUCUGAUCGGUGCCUUAAAUCUCGGCCAAGCUUCUCCGUGUCUGGAGGCCUUUGCAACUGGCCGUGGGGCUGCAACAAACAUCUUUGAGACGAUAGAUAAAGAACCCACCAUCGAUUGCAUGUCAGAAAGUGGCUACAGCCUGGAUAAAGUUAGAGGCGAAAUUGAAUUCCAUAAUGUGACGUUCUACUAUCCAUCCAGACCUGAAGUAAAGAUUUUAGAUAAACUCAGUAUGGUUGUCAAGGCAGGGGAAACAACAGCUUUUGUUGGCCCUAGUGGAGCGGGGAAGAGUACGACCGUGCAGCUCAUCCAACGAUUCUAUGACCCUAAGGAAGGCAUGGUUACGCUGGAUGGACACAAUAUCCGCUCCCUUAAUAUCCAGUGGUUGCGUUCUUUGAUUGGCAUAGUCGAGCAGGAACCGGUCCUGUUUGCUACCACCAUUGCAGAGAACAUUCGAUACGGUCGGGACGACGCAACUAUGGAUGACAUCAUCAGAGCUGCCAAAGAAGCCAAUGCCUAUAAUUUUAUCAUGGAUUUGCCCCUGCAAUUUGACACUCUUGUCGGAGAAGGUGGGGGCCAAAUGAGUGGAGGCCAGAAGCAAAGGAUCGCUAUUGCUCGAGCCUUAGUCCGAAACCCCAAAAUCCUGCUACUGGACAUGGCUACUUCUGCACUGGACAAUGAAAGUGAAGCUACAGUUCAAAAAGCUCUUCAUAAGGCUCGCUUGGGACGCACUGCGAUCUCAAUAGCUCAUCGACUGUCCACCAUCAAAACGGCAGAUGUCAUCAUUGGUUUUGAGCAUGGGAGAGCCGUGGAAAGAGGGACGCACGAGGAGCUGUUAGAACGAAAAGGGGUUUAUUUCACACUGGUGACUUUGCAAAGCCAGGGAGACAAGGCACUUGUUGAAUCGUCUCUCCAAGUAUCUGAACCAGCACUUGAGAAAGUGCAGUCUUUCAGCAGGGGAAGCUAUCAGGCCAGCUUGAGAGCCUCCCUUCGACAGCGUUCCAGGUCUCAGUUGUCCAAUUUAGUACCUGACCAUCCAAGGUCAAUUGCAGGAGACCAUUCAGAGCCUAUCUAUAGCACAGCUGAGUAUGAAGAUGGCUCUAGCCUAUUGAAAAAGGAAUGUAUUGAUGAAGAGGAAGUAGAGCCAGCAAAUGUUACCAGAAUUUUGAAAUACAAUGCUCCAGAAUGGCCUUACAUGGUGCUUGGAUCCUUAGGGGCAGCUGGCAACGGAGCAGUCAACCCUCUCUAUGCUUUGCUGUUCAGUCAGAUUAUUGGAACUUUUUCUAUUCCUGAUGCAAAAGAACAGAGAACACAGAUCGACAACAUCUGCGUGCUUUUUGUCCUUAUCGGAGUGGUAUCAUUUUUCACACAGUUCUUGCAGGGAUAUACAUUUGCAAAGUCUGGGGAGCUGCUUACAAGACGAUUGAGAAAAAUCGGUUUCCAAGCUAUGCUAGGACAAGAGAUUGGCUGGUUUGAUGACCACAAGAACAGCCCUGGAGCCUUGACUACAAGAUUAGCAACAGAUGCAUCUCAGGUUCAAGGGGCAACCGGAACUCAGAUAGGGAUGAUUGUGAGUUCUCUCACCAAUAUCGGUGUGGCCAUUAUCAUUGCUUUUUACUAUAGCUGGAAGCUCACGUUAGUCAUCCUCUGCUUCUUGCCCUUCUUGGCCUUGUCUGGAGCCAUGCAGUCAAAAAUGUUGACAGGGUUUGCCUCCCAGGACAAGGAAGCGAUGGAAAUUACUGGCCGGAUUUCCAGUGAAGCCCUCUCGAAUAUCAGAACUGUUGCCGGGAUUGGGAAGGAGAAGAAAUUUAUUGACGCUUUUGAGAAGCACCUGGAAGCCCCGUACAGAGCCGCAAUUAAAAAAGCAAAUGUUUAUGGGAUUUGUUUUGGCUUUGCUCAGUGUGUGGUGUUUAUUGCCAAUUCUGUCUCUUACCGGUUUGGAGGCUUUUUAGUGGACAAAGAAGGACUUCAUUACAGCUAUGUAUUUAGGUAA